AUAGAUCUAUAUGAAGGUGUUUGAGGAAUUCAGAAAUGUCUGGUGCAUGUACUGAUAACUCUUUUGUAUGAUUUACUUGCUAAACUUCGAUAAUGUAGACCGAUUGACUGAGUGCAAGGCCUGCGCCGGUGCUACCAAGUUUCUAUCGGCUCAUGGCUUGACAAAAGGCAAGAUGCUCUCAAUCAGGGCCUUCAGCUCUCACAUUGCCAGAUCUCAAGCACAUGCAUGGAGGUCAAUAGCAACUACGUCCGGCAGCCAUGCAACCAACUCGAAAGUGGGCUUCAUCGGUCUUGGAAAUAUGGGAGGACCCAUGGCUGAGAACUUGAUCAACAAGGGCCACGGCGUGUCGGUGUUCGACGUCUCGGAGGAGGCGGCCGGCCGGCUGGGCUCGCUCGGCGCCCAGGUGUGCUCCUCGCCGGCGGCCGUGGCCGAGGGGUGCGACCGCAUCGUCAGCAUGCUGCCCAACAGUCGGCACGUGCAGGACGUGUACGCGGGUGCUAACGGCAUACUCAGUACGGUGCAGCCCGGCACUCUGAUGAUCGACAGCAGCACCAUUGAUCCGGCCGUCUCCCAAGAGAUGGCGCUGGCAGCAGACGCCAAGUCCGCCGUCUACAUGGACGCACCCGUUUCAGGCGGGGUGAACGCGGCCCGCGGCGGCACGCUCACCUUCAUGGUGGGUGGACCGGACGGCAAAUUCGCCGCCGCCCGCCAGCUGCUGGAGUGCAUGGGCCAGAACAUUGUGCACUGCGGCGCCGUGGGCAGCGGUCAGGCGGCCAAGAUCUGCAACAACAUGAUGCUGGCCGUCAGCAUGAUCGGUGCUGCCGAGACCAUGAACCUGGGCACCAGGCUCGGCCUCGACCCCAAACUGCUGGCGAAGAUCCUGGCCACCAGCACCGGCCGCUGCUGGGCCAUCGACUCCUACAAUCCCGUGCCGGGCAUCAUGGAGAACGUGCCCUCUUCCAACGACUACAAGGGCGGGUUCGGCACGGCGCUCAUGUGCAAGGACCUCGGCCUGGCGCAGGCCUCGGCCACCGCGUCCGAGGCGUGUACGCCACUCGGCUCGGCCGCCCACCAGAUCUACCGGCUGCUGGUCAAUCAGGGCCACGGCCACCUCGACUUCUCGGCCGUCUACAAGUACAUCUCCGAGCACCGUUAGGCGUGCGCCGCCGGCCCAGACCAGUACGCAUGUCCAGACCUUUUUUCAGUGCUGCGAUACACGUCGUGAAUCCCGUCCAUGCAGUUAGUUUCCAAACUGUAGUAAUAACAUGUGUAUGAUUGAGGACGCCGCUUGUGAACGCUCACGGUGCUCCGCGAUGACCCAAAAGCGCGUUUGGUAUCAUUUGGUUGUAGUUGGUCCUGAAGCACUAAUUAUCCCGUAGGCUGUAUUCACCCUGAGUUUCGAUUAUUUUUGUAAGGAUGAAGUUCGCCCCCAAACGGUUAUAGCACUAAGGAAUGCUGAAUUCCUCUCCGGAAGCGGGUAGCGUUUAGCGCCAUAACAGCGGGCCGAAUAGUAAGGUCCAAUCCCCACCACCAGUACGAGCGAGACCCGGACACAAGUUUUGCCCAGUCGACAUCAUCGUCCCAAGCAUCAUUGUCACUCCAUGGGACUGUACAGCCUUAACUGCCGUGAUCUCCGCGUAGCCCUGCUGCCAGGCACCCUCCUGCCGUACUCGCCAUAUUAAGCCCAACCUGACAAUGGCAUUACGAGCAGGUGAAAAUGCGGAGAAAUCCAUUUUCGGAGCGUGUUCUUACGCUGCGAUUUGCGCGACAUAAAGCUCAUUUAGUCCCGCAAUGCAUUGGCAAAACCACGUUUCCUUUGCUACCACCUGGGCAACCCCAUUGCCGUGGGCACUUCUCCAGCGUAGGUAGGGUUCGCCCACAAGUGCAUGUGUUUGCAGUUAGAUGAACUGCGCCUUCCCAAGAGAGUGUGGCAGCUCGUGACAAGACAAAAGAAGUGCUCGAUUCCGGACUCAGGAUCUGCUUGCUUGGAGGGGGAGGGGAGAGGGAGGCUCACCAUGGUGCGUAAGUCCUGCCAAGCCGCCGUGUCUCGACUUGGGGUACGGAGUGGGACGGGAGAGGGGGGAGGGGUCUGGGCCAGUACGGCCUCGUGGCGCGCGUGUUUCACGGUGGAGGCAUGCUCGGGCCUUUUAGUGUAAGCGGAGAGCUCUAGCAUUCUGAUUGUGCAAUAUUGCUGUUUGACUUACGUAGUGCGGUAUAGGUGUUUGUUCAUCAAGCUCGGUGGUUAGAUUUUUUAAGUUGUAUUAGGUUCAGCGGCGUGGUGCGCUAGACUGGCCGGCGUUUGGCGGCUCAUUUGUCUGACCUGCUAGGGUUUAUUAUGCAGGCCAUUAUCCACGCAGACACUGUGUUGAGCAGGCCCGGAAAAGAUGCGCGUUUGGAAGCAAUGUGAAGAAGUCCAUGCAGUGCACAUGGUACGAAAUAGACUGGUAUUGGGCUCGUUUUUUGAACAUUUGGCGAAUGGCAUAGCGGAGAUUGGUGACACCUCCUCCCUGUAUUCCGUCCUAUUUGUAGCUCACGGAAUUCACGACAUAUAACGCUGCGUUUAUGCUGGACGGCUCGGGGGUUUGGGGUGAUCCUAGUACUUUCGCUGCUUUCCAGCCAGCGGCGAGAUAUCCCGUGAAUACUUGUCACCAAUGUCUGGUAUUCACUGCCGCGCAUGUUGUAUGUAAGACAUGAUGUCUCGAUGUGACUGGAAUAAAGUUGGCAUGCUUUA